AUGUAUUAUUUCGUGUUUCAGCGACAGGAGGAGCUUCAGCGACGUGCCGAGCUUCUUUUUGAGCAACAACUAGCACGUGAAUCGAAAAUCGUGGAUAGUAUUGCAUCACUCACUAAAGCUGCAUCCCAUCUUGAACAAAUUGGAGAGUUUCUGCUUAAUACUUGUCGUUAUGGUAGUGUUAAUGGUGGCACAUUUAGCCCAAAUAAUUCAUAA